AUGAGUUCAGCAAAAAGACCAUAUAAAGAAACGAUGUCUUCAUCCUCUUCCAUUUCAAAUACUACCACCGCUUCUGUAAAUGAUGAUUUUGUGAAAUUACAAAUUGAACAAGACAUACAAGAUAUGGAUAUCGAACAAAAUUUAAACCCAAAAGAAUUAAUCGAAGGAAACUUUAGAAGGAAAAGACCAAAUAAUGAUAAGGAUGAUGAUGAUUUACUCAAAUCAAAUACUUUUGUUUCAAAUCCUUUUCCAUCUUUUUUAAAUGAUAAUUCAUUUCAACCAUUUCAAUUAUCAUCAACAUUAUCACCACGAGCAUCCGAUACUACGAUUUCUUCUACAAGAUUUCACAAACAAAGUCCAAUCGAUUUAUUAACGCCAUCAUCAACCAUUUCAACGUCAGAGACAAAUCAAACAAGAGAUAGCGAUAUCACUUAUGUCACUACAAAUGUGAAUUCAUUUAAUAAUCCUUCCAACGAUUUUUUCUCACCGCCUAUUGAUUUUACUAGAGAAUAUAUUCGUACAGAAUUACGAGAAUCUGAUAGUAAAGGACCAUUUAGUUCAUUUUAUCCACAAAUCUAUAAUAACAACCGUCUGGUAGUUUUUGAAGAACCAUUUAAUUAUUUAAGACAAUUAUUUGAAUUUUGCAAUAAUAGUUCAACAAAAUUAGCAUCAAACGUAACUUCAGUAUUAACUGGAUUAGUUACAUUAUUAAAUGUUCAAUUAGAUGGGUUUGAUAUACCAUUUAUUGAACAUCAUAAAUGGAAUGGUUCAAAUUUUUACGGGUCUAUUGAUGUUGCAACUUUAUUGGACCAUUUAGAUGAAGGUUUAGGUAUAUCAUCUACCGAAUAUGUUUUUUAUGAUCGUGCCGAUAAUGGAUCAUCUUUUAUAAGAACCGGUAGAUCAGUUUUAAAUUUUCGUAAAACGUAUGGUAAACCUAAAUCCACUGCCGAUACUCCUUCUCCACAGACUUUGUUAGAUAAUAAUGAAUUAAGGCAUGCAGGACCGGCUUCGACUCGUGUUUUACAACAUACAACCGAUACAUUCGGCAAUCCUUCGAGUACGACAAGAACAACUACUGCCGUUCGUUGUAUAUCAAAACCUUCUGCCGGUGGCAUUGAUAGCGAAACUGAUGAUGAUUUGAUUCACAGCGAGGAAUCUGCUUUUGAAGAAAUUGAUGACGACUCUGAUAUUGAAAGUGUUUUGACUGAUUCAACUAUCGAAGAAGAUUGGCAUAGUGUCUCGAGACAUAAUUCCAAGUAA